AUGGCCGACAACCCCCUCCCCACCUCGACCCCAAUCCUAAUAAUCGGCGCAGGCCCUGUCGGGUUGUCCCUCGCAAUCGAACUCCGCCUGCACAACAUCCCCGUAACAAUCCUCGACCGCACCCCCGCAAUCGAAGACAGCCACCCAAAAGGCCGCGCAAACGACAUGCGCACGGUCGAACACUACCGACGCUGGGGGGUAAGUGACGAGAUCCGGGAUCUAGCGUGGAAAACGGCGAAUCCAAGGCAGGAACUUGUUAUUACUCAGACGCUGCUUGAAGAGCCGAUUGGGAGGUUUCCGUUAAGGCUUGGGAGGGACGCUGUUGAGUCGGGGGUCUUCGUUGCGGAGCCCUCGCUUAGUGUACCCCAGCCGGUCCUCAUACGUGUUCUAGAGCGCAAGGCGAGGGAGCUCGGUGCGUUGGUUUUGCGCGGGUGGGAGGCUACGGAUGUUAUUGAGGAUGGUGAGCAGAUGAUCACCACAGUCCGCGCCCCAGAUGGCUCAUCACACACCAUCACAUCCUCGUAUGUAAUCGGCGCCGACGGCCCGAACAGCCUCGUGCGCCGCAAAGCAGGUAUUGACCAAGACGGGACGGGUCCGCUGGGUCGAACAUGGACGUACGUCGUUCGCAGCGAAGGAUACCCCAUCUCGAAUCUCAUCGCCGGCAAGAAAUACGCUGCGCUCGGCAUGCUCAUGGUCGUGAACGCCAAUGCAAGCAGUAUACUCAGUAUCCCUGGCUCCGACGAAUGGGGGUUUGGUAUCCUCCGCACGGGCGCCCAGAGCGGGGAGGAACCAUCCGACGACGAGGUGAAAUCCUCCGCACAGAACCUCCUCGGUACUCCGACCAACAUCGAGAUCAUAAGUCGAUCCUCAUACGCAUCCAUGACCCGCGUCAGCAAGCAAUACCGCCGUGGCCGCUUCUUCAUCGCCGGCGACGCAUGCCACGUCUGUCCGCCGACAGGUGGCCAUAAUAUGAACACGGGCGUUGAAGACGCCGUGAACCUUGCGUGGAAAAUUGCCGCUGUUUUGCAGGGUUGGGGUGGCGAGGAUCUACUGGAUAGCUACGAGGCUGAGCGACGGCCUGUUGGGGAGCGUGUUUCGGGUGUUGCGAUGGCGAAUAGUCUUGCGAUGCAGAAGGCUGAUGGCUUCUUGAAUGAGGAUCGGGCCGUGGGGCUCUCGGGAACCGAGAAGGCACAAGCUAUUUAUGAAAAGACGUACACGCAGUGGAACUCGUACGGCGUCGUCCUCGGCCAGCGGUACGGUUCCUCGCCGGUUAUUAUCCGAGACGGCUGGGACGAUGCGCCGGCUUGGAAUCCAACGGAGUACUGGCCCCAUGCGCGGCCAGGCCAUCGUGCGCCGCAUCUCUGGUUGGAGGAUGGGAGGGCGUUGUAUGAUUGUCUCGGGAGGGAUUUUACGUUGCUCACUAUCGGUGUGAGGAGAGAUACUGUUGAGGAGUUCGUAGCGGCAGCGAAUAAGGUUGGGGUUCCGGUUGAGGUGCUUGAGGUUACGCUUGAGAUCGCGCAGGAGAAGUAUCCGGCGACGUUGACGCUUAUUCGGCCGGAUGGGUAUGUUGCCUGGCAGGGAGAGCGGGAUGAGUGUGAUCCUGUGGAUGUUAUCCGGCGUGUUUCUGGGAAUGGACCACGGCUUCGGGAUCUCAAGUUAUAG